AUGGAUAAUUUACUUUCGAAGAAACUCAGAAGUGGGCUGAAUACGACUAGGCCAAGCUCACAACAAAUUGUUAACCAAAAUAUGAAAACUAGUAGCUUGAAUAAUUCUCCACGCCCAGAUACAACACAAGCUAGAUUAUAGGGAAUUAGUAUGAUUUGCCCUGCAAGGGCAAGCGAUUGGAGAGGAAAAUUUUCCAGUUGGUUUUCCACUCAGCCUGGUCAAAAUAACUGGAGAUUUGGCAAAUGAGCCUUUCUCCAGUUGUUUUUACAAUUUGAGUUAGCCCAACCAACUGAAGAGUUUCCGUCUCAAUUGCUUUCCUUGCAAGACAAUUCAUAAGAAUUCCCUAUAAAAGAUCUUUGUGCUGAAGACAAAACUAAAAUUGGGCUCCUCGUUAAAAAAGCUGCUUUAGAAAAAAGCCAAAGAGUUAAAUCUGAACUCCGGGCUGCUAAAGAGUUAAAGCGUAAAGAAAAUGAAUUAAAAAAAUAUAAAAAACUUAACAAAGAGCUACAAGAAAAAGCAGAAACUAUAAAAUCACAGCUGGAAAAAUCAGAAGAACUGCUAAAUAAAUACAAGCAUAUCUCAGUUUCCUCAAUAAUCCAAACUCCGAAUUCUCCGCAAGCUUUUAACCAAAGUUUGACUAGAGAAAUGAUUUAUCAAGCAACGCCUAUCACUAAAUUUUUAUUUCCCAGUCAUGAUGAAGAUUCCCCACAAAGUAUAGAAGCAGAUAAGAUUUUGGAUAAACCUGGCAAAAUUGAUGAGAUUAUUCAGCAUGCUCGUAUACCAUCUAGCCCUACGAAUAAAUCAAGCAUAUUAAGUUCUAAACAUCAGCAGACAUUGGUUUUAAGAGAAACAGCCACAUCUCCUAUUGAAGUAAGCUCUACAAAAGAUUAUCAUAGUGUUUUGAUUCAAACAGUUUGUGAUAAAGAAAUACAGACACAGACUAAAAAUCAGGGAGAAAAAAUAGCGAAAAAAAUAAGCCAAGAAACACAAUCAGAGUCAAUAAAUGAGACGAGGCUAAAAGCUCAGAAUAAAAGUAAAGAAAAAGUUAUGAUGCCACAAAAUAUUGACAGAUAAAAAUGGCGUGGAGAAACAACUUAACCUCUUAACACCGGUAGCAAGAUGGAAGUCUGGAGACCUUGUGGAAGGGAGAGUAUGUCCGGCCGGAUUUUACUUGGUCUAUUAGAGAGCACAAUGUCGGGCUGAUCAACCGCAGGCUCACAUCUAGGGCAGGGCUUUAAAAGGAAUGGCCCAGCAAGGCUAAAGGGCGUUCACUUGUCCAAUAGGGCUUUUUCCCAGCGCGAUGCCAGGAGUUUCCCCCUAAGCUAUAAGCUACAUUUCGGUAUAGUCUGAACAUAAAAUUCACUUUUGAAUUUUGGAGAAGGGAAUCCCCGUACGUGCGGUAUGGUGACCCAAUGUCUUUACCUUCGAGUUGUGAGUGUAGCCUUGUUCGGAGGAAGCAACGCAAGCCUUAGACUGUGGAAUAAGACAGUCGAGCAUGGAGGUGGUGAAAGCAAGGGGACAUGAAAAAGCAAUACUGACCGGGAGCUUCUAUAAUAAUUUAAUGGACAAUCCCACAAAAUAUCAAUGGAGAAACAAGAGUUAAAAAUAUCUCACAUAUGAAAGAAGAAAAUACUAAUGCUUCAGAAAAAUCUAGUAAAGAGAAUGCAAUAUUUCAGGCCUCAGAAUCAAAAGGUCUAGAACUAUCAUUUGCUCCAAAAAACACUAUUUAUGAGCCUAGAUCAAAAGAGCCUCCUCUAACAAGUGAUGAAUUAAAACCGAUUGAUAAAUUAUCCCAGUCAAAAGAAUCUAUAAGCAGCAAGCUCAAUUCUCUUUCAGCUUCAAUUAAAUCUCCAAGCUCAUCAUUCUCUCUAUCAAAUAAGCUAAAUUCAAAGUACUACAACCCACUCCUUACAAAUACUCUUGACGAUUCUAGUAAAAUGCAUUUAUCAAAUCUCACAGACUCAAAGAAAUUUUCUGACAAACUUAAAUCAAGCUCAUUUAAAACUAAACAAAGCUCCCAUGAAGACGAAAAAAGCCAAAGCUUCAAGCUCAAAGAUCUUGGAUAUACCCAAAAAUACCCAGAAAAAAAUCAUCAUAGGGCUAUAGACGAUAAAGUUUUUGAUGAUAAUUUCUUUCAACUAGUAGAAGAAAUUGAAAAAUCUGACAGUUCAAAGUUCUCGAUUUCUCAAUUAAACAGCUCAUCAAAUCAUAAUAAAACUGAUUAUCUUGAUUCAAAAAUGAUGAGUAUUAUUGAUGAACUUGAAAUGGGCGAUGAAACAAUGGAGUACUCAGUAUCAUCAACUUCAAAGAAGUCUCAUAUUAAUAAAGAGCAAGAUAGUUUUGAAGAGCUGAAGAAGCGAGCUUAUCAGCUUAGGGAGUCCUUAAGAAAAUAA